ACGGCAGUCCUUCCGCUGGGGGAGUUGCUCUGUCGGUGUAAACAGCAUCGAAAGCGGAUUACAGCGUGGUAGCCGGGGCCGGGGACUGUCAGCACCCACCCACCCACAGGAAAGGUGAGUGGCGGUGGUCUCGGUCCCAGAGACCGAGGGGUGUGAACUAGCAGGUGGAAGCGCCUGCCCUGCGACUGCGCAGAAGCCGAGUUGGGCGUCACGGCUGCUUGCGAGGGGGACCCGCCACCACGCCAGCGUUGUGACUUUGGCUGUUUAGGGCUUCACCUGGUGCCGAUGAGCUCCAGCCAGCCACCAUCCAAGCACACAGAGAGGACCAGGCUUUGACCGGUGCUCAGCUCAAGAACCACACGGGUGCCCUCAGGUAACUUUAUGCUGCUCCCCAAAUGGGACACAAAGUGGUCGUGUUUGACAUUUCUGUCAUCAGAUCCUUGUGGGAAACUCGUGUCAAGAAACACAAAGCAUGGCAGAAGAAGGAAGCUGAACGGCUGGAGAAGAGUGCCCUAGAGAAGAUAAAGGAAGAAUGGGACUUCGUGGCCGAGUGCAGGAGGAAGGGUGUGCCGCAGGCGCAGUACUGCAAGAAUGGCUUCGUGGACACCGGCACCAGGCUCCUGGACAAGAUAGAGAGGAACUCAGUUGCUAGGCAGAGUGCACGGGUCAAGGACAGAGGCAAACGGAGCGAUCCGUUUGUGUUUGAACUUUCAGGGACACAGUGGACGGAGCUGCCAGAUUCACUGAAGGAGCAGACGCAUCUCAAGGAAUGGCACAUCCACAGCACCCUGAUUCAGGUCAUUCCCACGUACAUCGAGCUGUUUCAAGCCAUGAGAAUUCUGGACUUGCCAAAAAACCAAAUCACAUGUCUUCCAGCUGAAAUUGGUCGCUUGAAGAACCUGAGAGAACUCAAUGUGAGUUUCAACCACCUGAAGAAUGUUCCCCCGGAGCUGGGAGACUGUGAGAAUCUAGAGAGGCUGGACUGCUCUGGGAAUCUGGACCUGGCAGAGCUCCCCUUUGAACUGAGUAAUUUGAAGCAAGUGACGUUUGUAGAUAUCUCAGCGAACAAGUUCUCCAGUGUCCCGAUCUGUGUCCUGCGGAUGUGCCGGCUGCAGUGGUUGGAUAUCAGCAGCAAUAAUCUGAGUGACCUGCCGCAAGAUAUAGACAGGCUGGAAGAGCUGCAGAGCUUCCUCUUGUAUAAAAACAAGCUGACCUACCUUCCUCAAGCCAUGCUCAACCUCAGAAAGCUCACCUUGCUGGUUGUCAGUGGGGAUCACCUGGUGGAGCUCCCGACUGCCCUCUGCGAUGCCUCCACACCUUUGAAAUUUAUAAGCCUUAUGGACAACCCUAUUGAUAAGACCCAAAGUCAAGACAGCGAUGAAAUUCUGGAAAGUGAACAGGACCGCCAGCAUUUUGAUAAAGAGUUCAUGAAAGCAUAUAUUGAAGAUCUUAAAGAACGAGAAGCUGUUCCCAGUUACACCACCAAAGUUUCAUUUAGCCUUCAACUUUGAUCUGAUCCACCUGAAGACCACAAAAUCUUACAGCUCUGUGCUCUCCGUCUUUGUAUACGCGUUACAUCUUACAGGAAUUGUGGCUUGUGCUGAAGGACAAAGUCUAGAAACUACCACCAUCACUGUUAAGAAAAAUAAUUUUCAAAUUUCACUCAUGGAAGAGCGAUGAAUUUGCAUAUAUGUUAAUAUUAAUAGACGUAUUUGCAUAUCCUUGAUCUAAAUAAUACACAUUUAAUAUUUUAGGAACGACAUUCUUUAAAAAAUACAGCAGCCAGGCAGUGGUGACAAUGGCCUUUACUCCUAGCACUCGGGAGGCGGAGACAAACAGAUCUUGAGUUUGAGUCCAGCCUGGUCUACAGAAUGAGUUUCAGGACAGCCAAAGGCUGUUACACAGAGAAACCCUAUCUCGAAAAAAACAAACAAACAAAAAUACAGCAUAAAGAACAAGUUUUGAAACUGGAUGCAUUAUUUUCAGGAAUGCAGGGCUGGAGGGUUGUAAACGAAAGGAUUUACCACCGUGAAAGUGUUUCAGUGUACUAGCGACUUCUAUUGAGAGGAACACUCCUUGACUUUAAACAAGCUGCUAUUUCCACAUUUUAAACUCACUUUGGCAAGUACAUUUUAAAUUUUAUUUUAUUUAUGUAUUUUAUACAUAAAUACAUAAUACAUAAUAAUAAAUUUUA